CGCCAUUUUAACUUCCUGCUUCCAAAGAAGACGAGCCGUUGCACAGUGUUUGUACUCGAAAGCGCUUUAACGUUUAACUUAUUAUAGGGGUUUGCCUUGUUUAUUUUUCUUACAGGGAACAACGUAACCGCCACUUACUAGUUUCUGACAGCUUGUAUCGGGUAGUUUCAGCCGGAGAGUCGCAAUGCCGAGCCACCCGCUGCGUGUAGCGGUUGUGUGCUCGAGCAACCAGAACCGCAGUAUGGAAGCGCACAAUAUCCUCAGCAAACGUGGAUUUGAAGUGCGUUCAUUUGGGACAGGGUCUCAUGUGAAGCUACCCGGUCCUGCCCCGGAUAAGCCAAAUGUGUAUGACUUCAAAACGACAUAUGAACAGAUGUACAACGACUUGGUCCGCAAGGACAAGGAACUAUACACACAGAACGGCAUCCUGCACAUGCUGGACCGCAACAAACGCAUCAAAUCAAAGCCAGAGCGCUUUCAGAACUGCAAGGAGAAGUUUGACCUGGUCAUCACCUGUGAAGAGAGAGUCUAUGACCAAGUGCUGGAGGAUCUGAAUUCAAGAGAGCAGGAGACUCUGCAGCCUGUACAUGUAAUCAAUGUAGACAUUCAGGAUAACCACGAGGAAGCCACGCUGGGCGCCUUCCUUAUCUGUGAGCUGUGUCAAUGUAUCCAGCACACUGACGACAUGGAGAAUGAAAUCGAUGAGCUCCUACAAGAGUUCGAGGAGAAGAGCAACAGGCCUUUUCUUCACACUGUCUGCUUUUACUGAUACAUAAUAGAAAUUUGCAAUAAACACAGACCGAGAUCACAAGCAAUCGAACAAUAGCAUAUGGACAUGCACGCUUCAUACUCCUCAGUCAUCUACAACACAGAGCAUACAUAUUGUGUGCCUACAUACACAAACGGAUGCAUACACAUACAAAGCUUUGGUUCAGGACCUAACAGAUGGCUGCUGUUGGAGAUACUGGUUAUUAUGGGUUUUUCCUCUAUACGGAGGAUGGACUCGCUGCUCUCACUCUGCCUUUAUUCCUCCAGGUCAAGGUCAGGCCAAGGUCCUUCCCCCAUCUCAGUCCAGUGAAAUCACUCAACCAUGUCUCCUCAGGGAGAACCAUAACACCCACACCCCAGGUUCAAUGACUCUAUAAGUCCCUCUCAUUUUUGUUCAAUAUAGCAUAUUUAUGCAGAUUUUUUUUCUUCAGAUGAUAUAUAAUUGUAUUUCAUUCAAGCAUAUAUGUCAGAUUUUAAUUGCUGACCUGGGACAGUGUAAAUGUGUUUACACACAGGAGGACAAUUGAUUGAAAUGUAUGCGUGUUUUUGUGCAACUUUGUGUUGUAGAUUAGUUAGGAUUAAGUUAAAUGAGUUCUGGUAAUGCUGUCUUUCAGGGCAUAGUUUUUUUUUUCUUUUAUAAAUGUUUAAUAAUUGAAACAUUGUAAUUAUUUUCAAACUGAGUGCCUGACUUUUCUGUAUGUACAUAUGAAUUACUAAAGAAAGACACAUCUCUAAGAAACAUUUCUUGACUCUUUAUUGGUUGUGUGAUAUUUAGUUCAUGAUGGUUUGAUGAAAAAACAUUAUUUUAAAUUGAAAAUGUGUAGAGUUGGACAAAAUAUUAGCAUUCAUUUACAUCAAUUAAACUACUAAUGGCUGUCAGAAUAGUGUAGGCCUGUUGCAACCCUCUGUGGACAAGAACAGGUAACAGUUCGAACACUUCAGAUAUAACAGGAGAGUUCGACAAAAAAAUACACAAACCAUGACCUCAGUUUCGCUUUGCUUGAACAGUAAGCACUGCCCUUGUUCAUUUUGUGGUUUCUCAACAAGUCAUCUGUACAUGAUAGACGUGGGCUCAAUAAAAAUUGAUCAUGCAAAAGGA